GGUGCGGUUCAUAGACUGUGCAAAGGUGCAGUAACAACAGGGCUGUCGGCUAAAACUUGUUUCAGUCAGACAUCAGUGUAUUCGUGAACCUUUCAGUACCUGCAUAAUGUAUCCUAUUCAGAACCAGAAAUCAAGAGACCACCUGAACACCAGGGGAAACUCUUCCUACCUAAAAGACAGCACAUCAGGGGUCUCUGAAGAUGAUCAUACACCUGAGAUUCCCGACAGAGAUGGACCUGGAAGUGGAAAUCCACAAGAGACGGGAAGACAGCCACAGUACUUAGGUGGAUUCACCCUUAUCCCACCAAAUGAAUCUCGGCGAAACAAGAUAAAAAUGAUGGCUCAGAAAGAAGAGGAGGAUCUUCAGAGAUGGAAAGAGACAAACAGAGCGCCCCCUGUGCACCUGAAUCCAGAGAAGCUUGGUGGUAAUGUAACAUUGGCUGGAGCCAGGGAGAAGCAGCUUAAAGACUUACGUUGCUCCAAACUGCAGAAGAAGCUGAGAAAGGAAGAAUUGGACAAGAGGAGGAGACAAGAAGAGGAGGAGGAGUUACAGAAGAUGAAAGCCAUACAGAGGGAGAAGGCUGAGCGCCUGGAGGAGAGGAAGCGACAGGAGGAGCAGAGGAGGAGGGAGCAACUCAGGCCGGAUCACUCCAGGAAGACUGAGCAUUUUCUGCAGAGGUUUGAGAGGGGAGCCCCAGGUCCACCGGCAUCCAGCAGUGUCACACACACGUCAUUGAGGAGUGAGGUCAUGGAGAGUAAACAGAGAGCGAAGGAGUCAAAGAGUGUGAGAGAAAUACAGCUGGAACACAAGAGGGUGAACUCAGCCUUUCUGGACAAACUCGAGGGUCGAGACAGCGAAAAAGAGACAAAUGGGGAAGGCUUUCGGGAGGCAGAGUAUCCAUUUUUGGUCUCUGAAGACUUUGGACACCAGCCGUCCAACACCUCUGGACAGAGCUGCUCCGACUGGACAGAGGAAGCUGACCUGGAGCCUGACUAUGACUGGGCCUUGAUGAAACUGAUAAACAGCUUUCCAGACUGCUGCAGAGUCUUCUUGGAGGACAUCCUCAAUCAGUGCAACGGAGAUUAUGAGCAGGCCUCCACACUACUGAUCUCCACGCUCAGUUGAAUUUUCUGUCUUUAAUGGGUGAACUGACUUGCUUUAAUAUUGUGUUUGACUCUAUGAAAAUGGAUUAUCAGUGUUCAAAUGAUAAAGAAUAACUAGAAGUAAGUUACCUAUGUUGGUGGUGGAUGAAUAAAAAUAUAUCUGUGCUGGCUGCACUGCACAACUGCAUUAGAUAUAUAUGUACAGAGCGGCAUAUGCUCCUCAUAAUCUGUUUUUGAUUAUGCCAUUAAUCAUUGAGUGUUUGGUGUCUUGUAUCUGUCUGCAUGCAUAUGUGAGUCAUGUCGGGAUUUUUACCCUGACAUGGAGUUAAAUUGAUGUUCAUUUUCACCAGUUUAGUUGAAGGUCAUCGCCAUGACUCAUAAUCCUCAGAUCAUAUUUGGGGCUUUUAAUUAAAUCAGCGUGUGCAGAUGGAAUAAAGCUCUACCCAAAUA